AGGUUCAUCAUCAGUUCAAUCGAAGACAUCGAAGAGAACAAUUCAAUCGAAACGAAGAAUUCAAACGAGAAAUCCAAUUGAAGUUAACUAGUUGGAAAACCAACCCGCUAUUAAAACGUUUAAAAAACUGUGUUCAAAACGUCAAUUCUACCGGAAUAUUCAAAAGCAUCAACCAAAUCGAAAAAAUGGGAGUGAGCAAUUUAAUCGUAUUUAUUGGCGUCGCUGCUUUGAUGCAAUCGACCUACUCUGCCCCACCGCCGAACGAAUGUGUCUGCACUCGUGAAUACGUCCCAAUUUGUGCAUCCGACAACACCACCUACUACAACAACUGCCUGUUCCAGUGUGAAAAGAAGCGCAACAAGGACUUGGAAAUCAAAUUCUACGGCGAAUGCGACGAAAAAGCUGAUGAUUUGCUGGUCGACGAGCUAUGUAUCUGCACCGAAGAAUAUUUGCCAGUCUGCGCUAGUGAUGAUCAAACCUACUCGAAUGAAUGUUUGUUGAACUGCGAGAAACGUAAGCGCAAGGAUCUCAAACUCAAAUACAUCGGCGAAUGCGGCGAAGAAAUCCAAGUCCCAGAAACUGAAGACGAUUGUGUCUGCACACGAUUCUAUUCACCACUUUGCGGAUCCGAUGGUCGAACCUACUCCAAU